AUGGCUGCUGGGAAGUUACUACUCUACGCCGGUCUCUCUCUUUCUCUUUGCGCUCUCGGGAUGCUGGCCGUGGCUAUCUGCUCUGACCACUGGUACGAGACGGACGCCAGAAGGUACCGGGAGCGAUGCAGAAGUUUUUCCAGUCGCCGAAAAGACCCUGGUUUUAUUUACAUUCCUAACAACAGCCUCCCGUUGCGCGCUAGCCGUUCGCGCCUGGACCGUUGGGAGGAGAAGCUGCUCUUGGCUCGGAACCGACGGCAGCUGUUCGCCAUGAGCGCCGCGGACGAGUGCAGCAGGCAGUACAAUUCAACUAACAUGGGGCUCUGGAGCAAAUGCCACCGGCUGGGCUUCGAUCAAGAUAUUGAGGAUCUUAUUCGGAAAGGUUCCAUUGCGAGAUGCUCUUACAUCAAGUACCACUACUCCUCAGCCUCAAUACCGAAGAACCUCUCUUACAACAUCACAAAGACCAUCCGACAGGAUGAGUGGCACUCCCUGCACCUGCGGCGGAUGACAGCAGGGUUCAUGGGAAUGGCGGUGGCCAUCAUCCUGUUUGGCUGGAUCAUCGGGAUACUGGGCUGUUGCUGGGAUCGUGGGCUCAUGCAGUACGUGGCAGGCCUGCUCUUCCUCAUGGGGGGUACAUUCUGCAUCAUCUCCCUGUGCACCUGUGUGGCAGGAAUCAACUUUGAGCUGUCGCGUUACCCACGCUACCUGUACGGCCUGCCAGACGACAUCGGCCACGGCUACGGCUGGUCCAUGUUCUGUGCCUGGGGUGGCCUGGGCCUGUCGCUCAUUUCCGGAUUCUUCUGCACACUAGCACCCUCUGUACAGCCCCUGCCCCGCUCCACCUGCCCCAAGUCCCGGCAAGAGAACGGCACUGUGUGUUAA